UAUCCAUAAUGGCCUUGUCUAUAGUCACUCUUUGGAAUGGAGUUCAACCAGUAAUGUUUACGAAUGAAGAUGUACGUGGAGAAUUUUCAAUUUUUUUUCAGUUGAGUUUUUCUUUCAGACUGGCCUUUAGAGCCCACUGAAAACCAUACCUUCAGGCUGGGGGAAUUGAGUAAUUAACUUUAAGCUUUGAAAAUAGUUUAAUGGGUGUCUCUUGGAACCUAUAGCCAUAUCUGAAGAGGAUUAAAAUAUCAUAAUCAAACAUUUGCUAAUAUGUGAUCAUUUGCCAAAAAGUUUGCUCCUCUGUUAUAGCACACAUUCCUGAUCUUGUUGAUGAAGAUUUCAAACUAAAAAUUUAUUUUAAUUCCAGGAUGUUUUGCUCUGUUAGUAGAAACAAAAUCAGAUAAUGAUAAUGAUUGUGAUGACAUAAAAUACUUCCAUGAACAUGUACUCAUUUAAUAAUCAUCUGUAUUAUUGUCCCCAUUUUUCAGAAGAACAAACUGAUAUUUAGAGAGUUGCAAUAACUUACUCAACAUUACACAGUGAGUAAUUGGCUGAAUCAGAUUUCAAGUCUAGAGGGUAAUCUUUUCACUAAAACAGAGCAAAUAAAACAGAAAAUGAAUUCAAACUUGGAUCUGAAUGAAUAAGCAGUUGUAUGGCAAUGCCUACAAGUGUGCUGUAUUGGAUGAAAAGUCUUCACUUGAGUGGGGUUUUGUUUUUAGAACAGUAGUUUUGUUGUUGCUGUUUUUAAUACAUAGUAUAGGUACCACUGUGCUGGGGUUAAUUUCCUUCAGUUCUGUUGUCAGUAAUGAUACUAAGUGAUACACAUUUGCUGGCAUGCUGAUUAUAAAUCAGAAUGUCACUUUCUUAAUUCACAGUAGGGGAAAAGGAUCCAGGCUUUCAACUAUAAGAAAUGAAUCAGAUAAAUAUCCCCAAAUGUGGUAUAUGUUGCCUCCAGAAUGCCAAGAAGCCCUCCAAGUGCUGUGAGUGAUAGGGAAGUGCAAGGUGCAACAAUUUGCCUAUUACCUUAGAGAUCUACAGACCAUUAAACCCCUAAAACCUUCAUAGAAUCAUCUAUUCUCUGGCACAUGUGUCUUACUAAUACAUCUAGAGUACUUGACAUUUCCUGCUCACUAGGUCCAGUUAGCAAGCUGACAUCAGGACAGCUGGAUAGUGAUAUCCCCUAGCAUACAGUGUAACUACUAAGAUUCUUAUAUAUGGAAUGAGAUAAGGUGCAAAUGAAAGGGAAAUAUUGGGUGAAAUGGAUGUUUGGUAGCAAUGGCAUUUUAACAAUAUGGGGCAAUAAUAAGUAUAUGGCUAUGGAUGGCUUAGGCUAACUACUUUGGAAACCUUAACAAAACAGAAAUGACAAGCUCAGGUCAGUCUGUCAACUCCAGGCACAAUGUGAAAACCAUAAGGCCUCCAUGGCAGCAAUUGAGAUCUCCUUUUCUGGAAACACAAAAUAGGCUAUGCUGAAAAUUAUGCUUAUAUCCAACUGUAAGUGGGGGAACUGCAAAGAAAAAGCUAGGCCCCUGAGAGGAAAAGGGUGGAACCUGAGACCCUGAGUGAAUGAGCCUGAGAAUUUUGAAUCUCAAAUUCUCUUGAAUCCUCUGAGCCAAAGGAAUCACCCUUCUUCUUCCUAGAGGAGAACAGCAUCCCCUUGCCAGGGAGGCUCUGCAAAGCAUGAAUAUUUAAAUAAGGACAGUGUAUUUAAAAUCCAGAAUAUUCAUAAUGGCCACCAGACCUGGUGACCUCUGACUGUAGAAGUGCUCAUUUACUCAUAGAAGACACCCAAUUGAUUGCCAUUAUUAUUCCAUCAAAAAAAUGAAUUCAACAUGGUCUCCACAAAGUAGAAACAGACAGGGACUUCCUGGAGAAAGAUGUUAACUAUAGGAUGAAAAUAACUGUGUGAAGAAGGUAUCAUUAAGUCUAUGAUUAACAGAGCACAAGAUACAUAUAUGAAUCAGCAUGCUGCAUUAUAUUUUGUUAUAUAGCAUAUGGCAUUUGCAAGCAGAGAAGGAAUCCUGUAUCUUUAGUGAAUAGUGUGUCCAGUUUUGACCUCCAUAUAAUUAUUUGUUUAAAGGAUUUAGAGAAACCAUAGAGGCCAAGCAACCAUCUGUUAUAGGUAGCUUCAGUAUUAACUUAUCAGUCAGUGAAGAGUUGAAUUAGACACGACCUCUUCAAUUCCUCCCAGUUCUGUCUGCAACUCAUGGGUGGAAAUAAAUGAACAGAUUUCUUAAAAUUUCCUACAUGGAAACACCACUUCUUUUUCUCCUUUAUGUUGGCAGAAGUAAAGUACUACAGGGCAUAGAGGGGGAAAAAAAAGUGUAUGGAACGUCUUUCUGUGUAAAUAUGUAUAAACACAUAUACAUAUGAAUUGCCAACCUCAUCCACUUUCAAGUGACCAGUAAAAUAGCUUAAACAUACAAAGAACCUACCGAGUAAAAUGUUAUAAUCUAAGAGCCUACAAGAUGUAUUUUCUUAGUGUUAUAUGACAGAACUUUACUGAGAAAACCAAUUUAUUAAAGAUCCUAAUCAUAGCAAUUAGCAUUUAGCACUGUCUUCUGUGCUGAAUACUAAUUAGCUAAUCUAAUCAAUGUAGCAACCUAUUAUGAUCCCCACUUCACAGACUUGGAAACUAAACAAGGGAGUCAUGGAAUAGUGACCUUAUGUAAGUACCUCUGUGAGGAAGUGCUGCUGGGCUGGUGCUGUUGUCUCUGAACUCAGAAGAGCUUUGGACCAGAACUCUGAAAAUGAGUCAUCAGCUGGCUGGUGUCUUUGGACAAGAGGGGUGCGCAAUGAUGCUUCUGCUUUGAAAAAUAUGUGGAAGUUUCCAGGAGGCCUUUCAGAGCCUGGAGAAGAUAUUGGAGACACAGCAGUUCGAGAAGUCUUUGAAGAGACUGGUAUAAAAUCAGAAUUCAGGUCCCUCUUGAGUAUUCGGCAACAACACACCAAUCCUGGAGCUUUUGGAAAGUCAGAUAUGUAUAUCAUCUGCCGACUAAAGCCAUAUUCAUUCACUAUAAAUUUUUGCCAGCAUGAAUGCUUACGGUGUGAGUGGAUGGAUCUCAAUGACCUGGUGAAGACUGAAAAUAUAACUCCCAUCACCAGCAGAGUCGCGAGGCUGCUUCUCUAUGGGUACAGAGAAGGGUUUGACAAGAUUGAUCUACCUAUGGAAGAACUUCCGGCGGUUUACACAGGCCUGUUCUAUAAGCUUUAUCACAGAGAACUGCCAGAGAACUACAAAACUACAGGAAUGUAUUAAAUUCACAUUUACAUAUUAAAUUUUUUUUAGUAAAUUAUACAUGUAGAUUAAUAAAUGCCAUAUUAUAAGAAGUUGUGGACAUUCUGAGUGAUUAAAUAGGUGACAUUAAUUUCCUAAUGCGUAUGAUUUCCAUGAAGAAAAUUUGUUUGUAAAUGUAGGCUUUUCAAAGAAGCCUCUUUUCAAAUAAGGCAAAUGUAUGAAAAAAUGUCAUAGCUCUAAGUAAGCUUUACUGGGCAAAGAUGGAUGCUAUAUAAAAGGGGGAAAGUCUAUACAUUUUCCAGGAAUUUGUGUUUUUAUUUACUAAGACAAUGGUUAAAUGUUUUACGGGUAGAUAAAACUUGAUCUGACAAGUUAUCCAAACUGAGUAGAUAACGGUACACAUUUUCUUUUUCUUGCAUUAAUAAAUUUCUAAAAUAUACCUCUUCUUUCAUGUGAAAUGAGAUUAGAUGCUGCCAUUUAGAUCAGCUCUUAGCAGACAUUGGAAGAAAAAGUAUGGCUUUCUGCCCAGGUCCUGUUUUGGGUCCAAGUUUAUAUUGCCCAGUUCGUUUCAGUGCCACAUACCAACUGGAGUAUUUCCUUGAUCGGUACGUAUUGUAGUUAUUAGAUUCCAAUCGUUCAAAAAAGAAACACUCGUCCGUUACACAUUUCUGAAAAAUAAAGGAAGAAUUAGUUGUUAUUAUUAUUAUUACACAUUUCAUAGACAGCCAGUAGCAGUAGUCUGUUCAACCAGUAGCAGUAGUCUUGGAUUUAGCAAGACAAUCAAACUAACAAGACUUAAUAGACCAUAAUCUGAUCCAGACUAGCUCUGCAGAAGGAUACAGGACAAGAACACAGCAUUUCAAUAAGACCGCAUCAAGCAGAUGUCUUCAGUAGGAGGAGUACAAUGACCAUCUCCAGUCCCCAUAGGAAAUAGAUCGUGUUAGGAAGUGUGCUGGUUUGAAUCUGUUAUGUAUCCCAUAAAGAACUAUGUUCUUUUAAUCCACUCUUUGUGGGGGCAGACCUGUUGUGGGUGGGAUCUUUUGAUUAGGUUGUU